AUGUUAAUUACUUGUCUACUCUUAUUAAUUAGUAAUGGAAUUGCACAACAAGUCACUGAAGAUGAGUUUAAUCAAGUCUCUAUUUGUGGAGAUGGUAUUUGGGAUUCAUUUACUGAAGAAUGUGAUAAUGUAGAAGGAUGUGGGAAUAAUUGUUUAUGUGAAAAAGGAUAUAAACCUGAUAAGAAAGGAAAUUGUAUUAUGUCAUGUAUGUAUGGAGAUGGUUGUUUGAAUGGAUGUUAUAAACCAGAUAUGUGUAGUUUAUGUAAUACAACUAGAUAUACAAAAGAUUGUACUGGAUGUCAACCAGGGUAUAUGUGGUUUGGAGAAGGAAAUUGUUUACCCUAUGAUGUUUCUACAGUUCAAACGUGUAGAAAUUUUAUUAAUGACUCUGAUAAUUUAACUGCUGAACUUGGAUUAGAAACAAACCCAUUUAGAAUUAAUUUAAAUAAAGUAAAAGUUAGUGGUGAAACUAUUAUAUAUAAAGUUGAUAUUCCAGAAUUACCUAUUGAAAGAAGAAAGUUACAACUUACUCAUUGUUCUAGAUAUGUUGAUCCAAUUCGCCCUUAUACAUAUGGAGUAUGGAUUGAAUUAAUUCAUGAUAAAGAAGCAAAGGUAGCCAUUGAAUUAGAUAAGAAAUAUUAUAUAGAUGAUGUAAAUCUUGCAGAAACACAACGAAAAAAAAUAGGAACAGAACUUGCAUUUGUUUUAACACAAAGUUGUCUUGAUUCAGUUGAUUCAAAAGACGACCCACAGUGUUUGUAUAGAAAUGGUGGGUUAUCUAAAUAUAUUUUAUCUCCAAGAAUUACUUCUGUAAUUUAUCCAAAAACACCAUAUUAUUUAUUUGUUCAUUCAAAAUAUGCAUCAAACACAAUUCCUCCUUUUACUCUCUAUAUUUCUGAUAUAAAUCAUGCAUGUUCUACUAGUUCUUUUGAUUUAGAACUAAAUGUAAUUAGUGCUAAUAAUGGAUAUCAAGGUAUUUUUGAAUUAGCAAAUGCUAUGGCAUCAAGAAGUAUUUGUAAUCCAAGUCUAAGUAAAGGAUUUUGGUUUAAGAUAGAAGGAAGUGAACAAACACUUGAUAUUUCAACUUGUGAUUCUAAUGAAUUUGAUGUUACACUUGAUCUUAUUGAAGUAAAAUUAAGUGAUUAUGGAUUAAAUACAAGUUCAACAGAUCUUAGUUCAAUUGAUUGUAAUUCAGCACCAGCAAAAUGUCUUGCAACAAGGACAUCAGGUUGUGGUGAAGAUUCUCGUCUUGCUAGAUUAAUUCAGAGAAUAGAUAGUAAACAUCUUUAUUUCCUAUUUCUUGAAAUAAACGAAGAAUAUUCUGCUUCAAUUAAUUUAACAAUUAAAACAGUUUGUCCACGUGAUUGUGGUAAACGUGGUAUUUGUUCAACUAGUUCAGGAAAAUGUGAAUGUAUGACUGGACUUCUUCUUGUUGAUGGAAUAUGUACAUUAUGUGGGAAUGGAAUACUUGAUGAAAAUGAAGAUUGUGAUCCAACUAUUAAAGGAAAUAAUGACACACAAUGUACAGAUGUUUGUACAUGUACAUAUGGAACACAACCAGUGGAAAUUGAUGGUAUAGUAAAAUGUGCAGUUUCAACUUGUGGAAAUGGAAAAAUUGAUGAAUAUGAAGAAUGUGAUGGAGGAUAUGGAUGUGAUCAUUGUGUUUGUGUAAAUGGAACAAAAAAAUAUGCAAAUGCUAGAGCUGGAUGUAUUCUUGCUACAUGUGGAAAUAAAAAAUGUGAUGAAGGAGAAGAAUGUGAUGGAGGAGAAGGAUGUAUUGAAUGUGAAUGUCAACCAGGAUGGUAUUCUCAAAAUAAUGCAGAUUGUAGUAGUAGAUCACAAGGAAUGAUCAAUUUUAUUUAUUGGGGAAUUGGAAGUAUAGUUUAUGCUCUUUACUAUAUCUUUUCUUUAAUAUUCUUCUUAUUAUUAUACGUUAGAUUAACUAAAAAAAUCAAACAAGAAAUUGAUGAAGAAAAUAUGAUUAUUUUUGAAAAUACAAUCAUUCCAUUUGAUAAAACAAAUUCUCAAUAUAUUGAUUUAAAACAACAAAAUCCUUAUUUCUCAUUCUCUUCUAAUAUUAUUGACUUUGGUGAUACAAGACCUGAAAUUGAUGAACCAAUAGAUUGUGUUAUUAAAUUAACAAAUAACUGGAAAGAUCCAAUGCAUUUUACAUUCCAUUCUGGUGAUUAUACAAAAUAUGAAAUUAUGUGUAGACCAUUUACAGGAACUAUUAAACCAAAAGAGAGUGUUGAUUUAACAAUUUCAUUCAUGGCAAAAUGUACUACUAUAUUAAAUGAAAAAGUUCCUAUUACAAUACGUUAUGGUCAACUUCAACAUGUAUUAAAAGAUAUUAAAAAAGAAAAUCCAGACUUAAUUGCCUAUUCUUCACAAUCAAGUCAAAACAGUGAAAGUGAAAGAAGUUCUAAAUCUUCAGGAACAAAUGGAUCAAAUUCAACUAAUAAAACAAAUGAACAAAAAUUAACACCUUCAGGAAGUGGAAAAUUUGGAUCAUCUCAUGAAUCUGAUUCAAAGAAAAAGAAAGAAAAAUCUAAAGUAUCUAAAUUCCAUGUUUAUUUAAAUCUUCAAGUUGAAUCUGCUCUUUCUACUAAAUUGGAUUAUGAAGAAAUUCAUUUACAACAUCCACCUAUUGGUGGUGGUACAUUUGGUAUUGUUUAUCGUGCUGAAUGGAGAAUGGUUGAUGUUGCAGUUAAAGUAAUGAAAACUGAUUUAGUUGAUCUUGGAGAACUUUUACCUAAUUUUAUGCAAGAAGCAGAAAUGAUGGAACGUAUUCGUUGUCCAUAUAUUGUAAAUUUCAUUGGAAGUGUAGCAACUGCUGAUACAUUAUGUCUUGUAACAGAAUUUUGUCCAUUAGGUUCAUUAAGAAAAUUCAUGAAAACAAAUUCAAUGAGCGAAUUAUUAAAAAUAAGAUUCUGUCAAGAUAUAGCACGUGGUAUGGAAUAUUUACAUCAAAAUGAUAUUCUUCAUCGUGAUUUAAAAACUGAUAACGUUUUAGUUUAUUCCAAAAACCCAUCUGAUCCUAUUACUGCUAAAGUUACUGAUUUUGGUACUUCUCGUUCAUUUAUUGAAUCAUCAAAUUCAGUUGCUUUACAAAAUAUUGGUACACCUGUAUAUAUGGCACCAGAAAUCACAAGAAAAGAUCAAAUGACAUUAAAAUCAGAUGUAUAUUCAUUUGCUAUUUGUAUGUUAGAAAUUUGGUUAGGAAGAGAUCCUUAUGAUCCAAUGAAAUUCCCUGAUUCAGAAUCAAUUUUAAGAUUUGUAGGUGCUGGAAAAAGACUUCAUGUUAGUGAUGAUUGUAUUCUGAAAAGUGUUAUUGAAAAAGCAUGGAAACAUAAACCAUCAGAUAGACCUACUUUCAAAGAAAUAGGAACAGAAUUGGAAGUUAUUUAUAAAAAGACUUCUGAUAAAUCAAAAUCUGAUUCUCACAAUAAGAAUCAUUCAGGAUCAACAAAAACUAACACAAAAUCUAAAGAUAUUUCUUCAUCAGAUCAAAAAUCAACAACAAAUACAACUAAUGGUACUGAUGAAAAUAAUGAUACUUCUGUUUCUUCUCAGAGUAUAGAAAAAAGUAAUUAA